AGAGGAAGUGGCGGCUGAUCUGGGUCCGCACCUUUUCCGGUAACACAGCACCGCCACAGCUCGACUGAACGGCCGCAGAGAGAGAGAGGGAGGAAGCGAGACGGAGAGCGGCAAGAGCGGGGAGAAACGGCCCGGGGACUGGGGGGAGAUCGCCGCAGACGGGAAGAGAAGAAAGUCGGAUGAAUCAAUGACCUUUUGAGCGCUCCUGCUCUGGAUGUCCCGGCGCAGAGCUCGUGUGUGCUGCUGCUUCGCAAUAACAAAAGCACCGCGCUGUGAAAUUCGCCGACCGGAGCUGGCUACGGGCAAGUGUGGAGCGCCGGCUGCCGAAGGAGGAAGUGGGAACCCGGGGCUCGGACUGGGCCCGAUUCGCACAGACGGCUGUUUGUAGGCAGCUACACCACCGGCCCGGCGGAGGGCGGCUGGAUUCCAAAGCAGAAAUUACGACUUGAAAUGUGGCGUUUGAAUCACGCCUGUGCUCGACGGCUGCUCUGAAUCGAGGGGGAUGUCAUUUUUUCUCCUUACAUUGGAGGGCAGCGGAUCAUGAAAACACAUCCCCGCCCAAUUCUGCGAGGGCUCCACACACACUGCUCCCACUGAGCGCUCCCGGGCACCAUCUCAGGUCGGAUCCCAGAGAAUUGUACCACUCCGUUAUUCAACUGUCCAGACUUGAAAGUCACCGCCUUUUUUGAACAUUGACACUUGUGUCAGCUGCCGUCACGUGGAAGGAGCUGUGACCUCUCACGGUUCUAUUGAAAACAACUCCUUUCUCUCCCUCGUCAGAGAAGUAUUUUUAAAAUAAUCUUCUAACAAAGUAUUUAUGCACAGCAAACACAAUGGGGAAAGUGCUGUCAAAGAUCUUUGGCAACAAGGAGAUGAGAAUAUUGAUGCUUGGACUUGAUGCUGCUGGUAAAACGACCAUCUUGUACAAGCUGAAGCUGGGACAGUCGGUCACCACCAUCCCCACGGUCGGGUUCAACGUGGAGACUGUCACCUAUAAGAAUGUGAAGUUCAACGUGUGGGACGUGGGGGGGCAGGACAAGAUCAGGCCACUUUGGAGACAUUACUACACUGGCACCCAGGGCCUCAUUUUCGUGGUGGACUGUGCCGACAGGGACAGGAUCGACGAGGCGAGGCAGGAGCUCCACCGGAUCAUCAACGACCGGGAGAUGAGGGACGCCAUCAUCCUGAUCUUCGCCAACAAACAGGACCUCCCAGAUGCCAUGAAGCCCCACGAGAUCCAGGAGAAGCUGGGCCUGACCCGGAUCAGAGAUAGGAAUUGGUACGUUCAGCCCGCGUGUGCGACAACAGGGGAUGGACUAUACGAGGGCCUGACCUGGCUUACCUCAAAUUAUAAAUCUUAAUGUUUUUCCCCGAACACCAGCCUGGACACUUGGAGGUAAAAAAAAAAAAAAAAAGUAGCUGAGAAUGAAAACAUGAGUAAAAAAAAAUGCAAUCUGAAGCAAUUAAUACCACAACCUCUCUGCUGAGUAUAUUUCAAAGAGAGUAGCAAUUAUAUUUUCUUUUCUUUUCCUUUUUUUUUUGAUGACUUCACUAUAACCCCAGAUUUCACUUAAACAAAUGACAAUUGUUUUAUGCCUGGCUUUCUUUUUGUUUUUCCUUUUUAGUUUGCUUUGGUUCACAUUCUGUAUAAUCAAUACUGUUUAAAUAUACAACAUGCUUUACUUUGAGCUCUUACUGCAAAUUCUUUUGUUUUCCUCCUCUCGUAUUAUUGCGUUUAUGGGACUUUUGGGACACACACACACAGACACACACACACACACACACACACACACACUUAUAGUUUGGCCCCUUGCUUGGCUCUCAUUCAGUCUUCUCAUGACCCAGCUACAUAUCCAAAGGAUGGGAAAAGUCCAGAAACCAUCGCCUAUAGCAUCAGCAUAUCACUUUACGUGGCUCAAACUGCCUCCGCAAUGUGUAAGAAUGUGUAUUACGGAUAUGUUAGGACCUCAAAAAAAACAAUUUUCAUAAUUGAUUGUACUGGGAUGAAUGAGGAAAUGUGUUCGUACUGUGCAGUGAUUGCAUCCAUAAUGUCUACCGUGGCAGUUUGUUUGAAAGACACUAUGUGGACGCUGGAUAUUCACACACACACUGUGAUAUGGAUAUAUAUUUUUGUUGUUUCAGGGAACCUGAACCUGUUACCACCAGUCUUAUCAUUAUUCUUAUUCUUAUUGCCUCUUAUUUUCCCUCGCAGAGCUUCCAUUACUCUUGAGUAUUUGUAGAUUCAGCUGCCUUCGGACGCGUUACAGAUGCCCCAAAAUCAAGACAGUUACUACAGCAGAAGGUGUUCUCAAACGCCGAGCUUGCACUUUUGGAGGGGGUGGGUGUAUGUGUGUGUGUGGGGGGGGGUGUACGGACUAGCUGGCUGUGCACAUUUUCAUUUUCUGCGACUGACUUUUGGACCCCGGCGAGUGUUUACGACAUUCCCAACUCCCCCACCACCUCCAAUGUAGGUGCCUCAGUGACUGCUACCCUCCUCCUCUUCCUCUUCUUAAAAAAAAACAACUAAAAACACCCAUCAUCACCUGCCUGUACACGUAAGGUCCUGCAGACACACACCAGCCUUCUGUUGAUUGUUCAUAGAUGCUGCUUUGUUUGUUGUUGUUGUUCGCUUUUUUUUUUCUCUGCUAUUGAAAUAAUAAAAAAAUAUAUCCAGAUCA